AAAGAGUGUCGCUCUUGUGCACCUGAUUGCUUACACGAGUUUGACGUCAAAAUGAUUGUCGAUACAUAUAUAUUUAUGUUUUUGUUCAUAUCCAGUUAUAUAUGCAGAUAAGAACUUGAAAGCGAAGGUGCAAACAUAGUCAUGCCGGACCCAACAGAACCUUUAAGAGGACCCGUUUAUGGUACAGGACCUGAUUACAGGGUCCACCAGCCAGCUUUCUACUCCUAUACACCCAAGACCUACGACAGAGUCCAUCACUACAACAAAGCCCAUGAACCUCUCAGAGUUCAUACAUACGACAGUUACCAUACAUACGACAAAAUACGAACGUACAAUGAUGUACAGGAAUAUAAAGUGAAGGAAUACAAGCCGAACUUUUACACAGCACCAAAGCCUCCUCCGCGCGUCCCCACGCCCCUUCCCACGGUAAAAAGAAGACCGAAGACUCCCGACUAUCAGUGGGCCCAAUUAUACGUGUGUUACGAGGAGCCACUGGGACCGCACAUUCCUGUUACGGAGUAUGAAAAUCAUGAAUAUAGAGGACGGGAAUACAAGCCUAUUGUAAAUGAGUAUAGGCCUCUGAAAAUUGAUAAUUUAUCUAAACGACCUGUUCUUUAUCAGGGAAAUGUAGAAUAUAAAUUAACAAAGGAAAAUUACUAUCCAUUCAGGAAGAGGAAAGACAUUCAAAAGAUUGAACAACCAGCGAAAAAACAAAAAGUCACCAAACAAAAGGAGAAAUCUGUUGCAAGUUUGAAGGAAGUCAAAUUGAAAGAGGAUGACAAUAACGCUGAGCAUUUCGAAGAGGGAGAAGAAAAGAUAAAUCCAGUUCAACAACGGAAGAGCCCGGAAAUACUUCCAGAAGCAUUGCCAAUACGGGAUGAUACUCCUCCGCAUCCACUUCCUGUUGUUUCAGAACAAGAAAGGGAGAAAACUCCAGAAAAAGAGAAAACAUUCAUAAACGAAGCAGAGAGGAACGGAAUUGCAGUCGGUACCACUGUGUUGAUGGUUUCAGCGGCCACGGGGACGGAUGAUUUAAAACGUAAAAAGCGGUGCUCAAGAUGGACACAAACAACGCCUGUUUCUAGUCCUGAACCUUCGAUUCGUGAAAUGACUCCAGUGGAAAUAGUCCCUAAAACUGUCAUUGUUGGUGUUCCGAAUAAAAGAGCCGAAACGCCGUUAAAACCGUUAAAACAAUCGACACCAGAACCACUUCCACAACCAGAAGAGAAACCAGAACCUGAACAUAUUCAGAAAGACCCACAAUUACCUCCAUAUAAUGUUGUCGCACCUGCUGCUGUAGUCGUUGAUUACAAAAGGCGGAGAACGCCGACACCUCCAUCCAGAAGAUCACGACGCAAGUCAUCGUCGCCUCGAGCUAAGAGUAGAACCCCUUCUCCGAAGAGCCGAUCUCCCUCACCAAGACGUUAUUAUAGAAACUCUCCUGGAAUUCUGCCUAUGGCGGGUUUUGCCGCAGGUGCUGUCGUCAGUGGAACAGUUGUAGCUCCGUUGAAAAAACGCACACCUACCCCAGAUCCACCAUUGCCCCAUACGAAAAACAAAACACCAAGUCCUAAACCAGAAUCUACUAAGCCAGACGGUAUCCCAGCUGCUGCAGUCGUUGUGAGUGGAACUGUGAUACAUGACAAUAAAUCAAAUCAAGACAAUGUGAAAUCUCCCUCACCAAGCUCACCAGACAAGAAGUCUCCAUCUCCCGUAAAUAGAUCGCCUACUCCUGCUCAAAAGUCCCCGGAUAUAAAUGUUGUACCUAUAAUUCCUCUCGCAGCUGCAUCGUUGGAUAAAGAACCGACACCUAACCCUUCUCCAAAACCACCAAAGGAGAAGACACCGUCUCCCAGUACACCACGAGAUGACCGUGAUAACGCUCCUAUUGUACCUUUGGCAGUUUCAAAAGACGAUCAACCAAAUCAACCAUCUCCGGUAAAAUCCCAAACCCCUUCGCCGUCUCCUUCAGUUUCUCUACAAUCUCUAGGCAAGGAGAGAACAUCCUCACCUAGUCCUACUCCGUCAGAGGUCGUUCCUGUUGCAGCAGUUACAACAACGGUGUUGCCUAAAGAAGACAAGAAAUAUGUAUCCGAUAAUCCAGUUUCAAAUCCUCCUGUUUCACCCGUCAGUCCAAAGAGAGAGGCAAGCCCAACACCACCUAAAGUGUCAACACCUACAGAGGAUGCAAGUACGGAAAAUGACGGAACCUCAGCGGGAGGCUCACGACGAGGCCUGCCACCGGAAGUGAUAGCUGCGUUAGAAGCGUACGAUAGUGCGCAUAAAAACGGAUUUGAUAAACAGGUAGCGGAAAGUAAUCUAACUUUUGCUUUGUCAGCUUCUAGAUCUCCAAAUCUUCCACCAGAAGUUCUAGUCAGUAUAGAAGCAUAUGUUAAAAUGCGUAGACGCUAAACGAUUUAGUUUAAUGAUGGGGACUUAAUAUGCUUCUGUUUGCAUUUUUUUUGCCUUAUGUUUUAACAAUGUU